CCUUUCGAUAUUACAAGCACUAAACAUGCGAGCAGGCAGAUAUCAUUAAAUUUGAUGGUGACCAAUGCAAAAUGUUGAUGUUGAUACAGACAGUCGUGAAACUGGUGGAAUGAUAUAAUAAGAUAUACUCACAUAGACAUCAAUCAUGCCAAGACGACCACUAAGGUCCUCCAGAUCGAGGGGGCGCUACGAUUCGCCUGAUGAUUGUUGUACUGGAUGCUGUUUAACAUGCUGCUGCUGCUGUUGUUGGAGCCGGUCGAUGGUUCAGAGAAAAUCCCGAAUCAAGAUGUUGUGGAUGUAUUUCCUAAUAAUUGGACUGGUCAUCGGUAUAACAAUAGGAGUUGUUUUCUAUGGUAGCAUGUUUACAGAUUUCACUGCCACAGACAUGAAGGUUAUAAACCGGAAACUCUCACAUUUAUUCUGCGACAGUGUUAAUAUUGAUACAGCCAAUCCUACCAGUAAUUUUGCCCCUUUUUCUGCAUAUCUUGUGGAAGGUCCACCCAAAAUAGAUCCAAAUCGCAAAGAAAAAGAUGCAUUUGACUUGACGUUUAAUAUUGAAGAGCGGUGGUCUUAUGCAUCUCGCCAGUUCUAUCUAUUAUCCGGGUCUUCUGCUAAACUGUUUUGUCCCCAAGUCACUGGCAUCAUGGAUGUCGUCAUUAUCAAAGGUCAUAGCAAUUAUACAAGGUUUAUGGAGGACUCGCCUGAUUAUAAAUGUAUUGGAUGUGAGUUUGCACAUGUGGUCUAUAACAUGAGACAUUCCGGACCAAAUUCAUGGACAUUUCCCUGACACAGAUGAUUACUUCUUUAUAUUCAUCGGCCAUGAAGAAAUGUGGGCUGAAUGCCAACUUGAUUUAACCAGAACAGUCUAUAAAACUGAUACCAGUGCAUCCUGUUUCAAGGUCACCACUUGUGAAUUUAGUCUUGCUCUGAAAGAAAGCUAUCCCCCAAAACAGGUCAUAGUAAAACUGGAGCCUGAUAAAAUUGCUUCAGGUGACCGGUACAUGUACGAGUCAACCUCCAUCCAGUCCACCUGUGUGGCCAGACUUUGGGUCUACAUACUUCUUUUCUUGUGUUGUCCGGCAAUAGUUUGCAUCAUUUUAAGUGUACUUAUCUAUAAAUGCUGUUCUGACCCAGAGCAGGAAGAUGAGGAUGAGGAGGAGGAUAUUUCUGAUGAACGGUCGCCAUUGUUGUGGGAAAGUGCACCUAGUUAUUCUGCAGUUGUGACAGAGCCUCCAAAAUACGAAGACAUUAUGACAGAAACUGAUGACCGGUUACCUAGCUAUGAGGAGGCAGUUGCAUCUGGAAGUACCACAGCGGAAAAUGUUGCAGCUGCUGGGAAUGUGGGUAUAAACCAUUCAGAACCAUUUCAGAAUAAUGACAUCCGAGUGAAUCGGACAAAUAAUCUUGUCAAUGUCAACGACCUUAUUUCUGCAAGCCGUGCACCUGAUAAUGUCGUUGUGGAUACUUCAGAUAUAAAUACACAGGGAACUGAUGACCCUCUGAACAGUUUCACUGGAGUAUCAGGUAGUGUCAAUCUCGACCAGACGAGCCGUGUUCUUGUGAUGAAUCUAUCUGGUGAUGUUUCGGCGAAUGACAUUGAAUCCUCCGAUGAUGACAUUGAGCCGUCCAGCAGUGAUGAUGAAUCCAAUUUGUCUGAUGGUACUAGUAGUGGUGAUCAUUCAGAACAAACUAGAAAUAAUCCGACAGAUACAGGAACUGAUAGCACUGCGGACACCAGUAGAAGUAGUAUUGAACAAUAAUAGUAUAUUUGAUGAUGUAUUUAUUCAGAAUAUGUUUUAAUAUUUUUCUGAGCUUAGGGAAAAGUCAGAGAUUUGUUUUUUUCAGGAAUGAUCGAGUAAGGGAGUUAAAAAUGUUUUAAGUAAAAUUAUAAUUCAAUAUUUCAUAUUCAGAUAUUGUGGUGGUGCUAAUGUCCACAGAUUAGACCUAAUAAGAUACCUGUGUUUCUGCUAACACUACCGACCCUGUAUUUUUGUGCCUACCCUGAAGUUUUUUUGACCAUUUUCAAGGAAGGCUAAUAAAGUCAAGAUUGUUUCUCAAUAUAACCCAAGUAAAAAUUAUUUAAAAAAAAAAAAAAAAAAAAGAUUUUUCCUUUCCUACCUAUAUAGCUACCUAACUUUUUUUUCUGGCAUAUAAGCGGAAACACAUGCAUUAUUUUUUAUAAGUCUUAGCCAUAAAUUCAGUAGGCAUUAAGAAUUAUAAAUUCUGUAUAUGUGAAAUGAAUAUGAUGGUUGGAGUUCCUGACUUUCAUUUUACUUUGCAAAGCAUUAUAUAUUUUGGGUCACAAUUAUCGAUACAUUUUUCGUAUAGUCGACAGUCAUGAGUCGGGAUACACUCAUCAUAUAUCGACCAGUAAGCUAUAAAGUUGUUCCUUAUAGUCACAAAUUCAUAAAAUUAAAAUAGAAAGGAUACUAGUUAAACUAUUGUUCAGUAAAAUAUAAAGGAGAUUGAAGUUGGGUCUAGACCAUUACCAGAGUAAUCUCCCCUUAGUGACAUUUUGUUGACAGGAAGUUUUAGUAGGCAUAAUUAGGGUUAUGUAAGAAUAUUGGAUUUAUUUUUAUGAUCAUUUGAGGGUGGGGGUUAUUAAUCAAUCAAAAAGCUUAAAUAUGAUUGAAUAUUUUGCAUCCUUGAUAAAUUAAAAACUAAUAUCUGUGAUUGAUCCAUUCUCUGAUGUACUUGUACACAUAUAAAUUGUACUGCAUACAGCAUUCCAUUUUUUUUUUUGCUCCAUGGAAAAGUAUGUAUUCUAUGAAAUAUUUCAAUAAAGUCGCACGAUUCUUAUUUCAUAUGAUCUUGAAAUAGCAUUUAGAACUUCUCUUUCUCUUAUUCCUUUUCCAACUGAUCAUGAGGUUCCUGUUUUUUAUGACAACCAUAUUGUAAUUGAUAUUUUGAAUUGAAAUCAAAAUAAAAAGAAACAAUGUAUAAAUAGUAUGUUUAUUCCUGAAGAAAGUUAUCGUAUUAUGAUUUAUUAUUAUGAGAAAGUGAAGUACUUUCAAAGUGAUUCUUAUGCGUAUCGGACCUGUAUUAUUUAAAGCUUUUAUAAUAUUCCCUGUUUACAAAAUGUACACAGCCCCUACUUUAGAAAGAAAAGGGAAAGAAAAGUAUAUCAUCCAAACCUUAGUUAAUUAUAGUCUGAAUGAAGAUUUACCUCCCUUUCAUAUAUUGAUGUCAACAAAUCUAUGAUGUCAUCACUUGUACUAUAAUUGCCUUUUUUGUUACUAUCUAAUGACAGUUGAUUAUAUGAACAAUUGAAGAAAAACUCGAAGUGCUAAAUGGUUAACGAAGACUUUGUCGUUUAUUUAUCUUUUUCUGUAUUUUAAACCAAUUAAUGUGAAAAUGACAUUUUUCUCUCCCUCUCUAUAUAUAUGUAUACACAUGCAUACAAAUUUUGUAUAUAUCCUCAAAUAAGCCCCCUACCCUAAUGUAAAAGAUCAGUACCAUAUUUAUCCUCAAAUGAGCCCCUCCCCCAUUCUAAAAGUUUAGUACCUUAUUUAUCCUCAAAUAAGCCCCCUCCCCUAAUGUAAAAGAUCAGUACCGUAUUUAUCCUUGAAUAAGCCUUAAUUGUAAAAGUAUACAGUAUAAAGGUUUGGAGGCAGCUUAUAUUGUUUGUCAACCACUUUUAAUAAUUUACUGCAUUGUAUUUUAAAAUUGAUCUGGUAAUUUUGCAAAAAAAAAAAAAAAAAUUGAGGGCAGAGGCAUAUUUGUGGAUAAAUAUAUAUACAAGUAAAAAGUUGAAUACAGAACAAAUACAUAGUCAUGAUCAAUACAUUGUAUAUUUGUUUUCUGUUUGUUUGUUUGUUUUUUUAAAUGGUUCUUGAGAAAGAAAUCAAAUUGGCCUGAACAAUAUUUCUACAUAUGCAGCCUAGUGCUAGAUUUUCUAUCUCAUCAAAUUUUAAAUCUGUCUGCGAUGUUUACACAAAAUCUGUGACAAUAUUAUUUUAUCUAUAAAAUGAUAUCCAAUGUCUUUCUGAUGCAUAACGCACAAGGGAGGUAAUUCAGUGAAAUAAUGCAUUUAUAAUUUACCUGAUAUAUAACAUUCACACAAUGUUGACAUGAACAUGUACAAGUAAAAAGAAACUGUUACUCGUACAUUUGUGUAUUAGAUUUAUUUAAAUCUUGGUCUGUAUCCUUGGGCAGACAUAAUUAAUAUUCUUAAGAAUAUAUUGUUCUUGGCUAUGCCUAGAGCAUGUUUUGUUACCUGUAAAAAAAAUCAUGAGUAUUUUCAUUUACUCUAGCAUCAAGUUGACCUUUGAAUUUUAGCAAUUUCAGAAGUCAAAUCACUAUUUUUCAGAAAUCUGAAGAGUCAAAAAAUUGUCAACUAGAAAUGUCCUCCAAACCUGAGAGUCAACUCAUGUACCAAAUCUCAUUUUGGCCGGGGUUUCAAAACAUACUCUCAGAGAUCUUCUGGAUAUAGAUUCAUGAAUUUCCAUAUCGACACUCGGUGUAUAGCUAUAACUUAAGAUUUGAUAAAGUUACUACAGUUGUAGUUUGUCUAGACACAUUAAUAUCCAUUUUAUAGCAUUUUGUAGCCAGAAACCAAAUCCAUGGUCAAAUGUCUAUACAAGGUUAUACGAGUCCAGUAGGACACGGAUUCAUAUGCAUAAGUGCAAUUAUUGAUGGACAUUUGAGCUUAAUGCUUUUGUGUAUAUCACGCUCAUUGUGUUUGUAAACUGCUGCAUCCACAUGGAUUUUUUUUACAGUGGACAUAUGUUGGUGGUUACAUAUAACAAUAACAUUGCAGAGUGUUGAUUGAUAUUAGGUAUGUGUUUUGUUAUUCGAUUUCAAAACAACCUACCUCUAGUGAUUGAAAAAGAAAAACGUCCUGAACUAUUCAUCAUAUGCAAACAUGUAUAAGUAUUUAUCACAAGCUUUAAUUUAUCAAAUUAGCUAAUUAUAUACAUGUAUAUAUGUAUUAUUCAUAAUCAACAUCAUUUGAAUAUCUGAGAGGAAAAUGUAAUUAAGUCACUGGGGAAAAAGUAGACUAUUUCUCAAUUAGAUCAUGAUGUUGAUCAUAAGACUUAAUUCUGUAUCAUACAAUCAUGAUCAUCAACCUGUAUCUUCUAUCAUAAUCAGCAGUCAACAUCUUUCACAGAUUUAUGACAUUAGAAUAUGCCAUAGGAUAUCAAAUGUGAUUCAGUUUUCAGGAAAUGUUUUUAAGAGUAUAGAACUCGAAACGGGCACAGUUUCAUACAAUUUAGAUGUAAGCUAAUUGUUUUUGCUAUUUUGUAAGUAAAGUUCCUGGUAAGCGGCUGAUGUUGAAGAGUCUGUGACGCCCUUAAUGUCAAGAUCUUGUUAUGAUAUACAUGUAUGUAAUUUCAUUUUUUGUAAUGUGAUGGUGAAACUUUGACAAGGUACAUUAUAUUAGAUACCUGGCCCUGUUUUCAGUAAUUUUCCUUCACUUAAGGAAAUCUCUUAACUUUAUUGUUAAAGAAAAAAUCUCAGUUAAGGAACUUUCCUUUAAUUCUUUAAUGCUUUAUUAUAUAUGGAAAGUUUUAAGUUAGCUUUCCUUUGGAAAGUUUCAUGUUAAAGAAUAUUGAUGAAGUGGGCCACGCUUCCUGUCCUGAAGAGCUUUAACGAUGAAUUCAGCACUGUAUGGUCAUAUGAUUAAAAUACUCCUGUUCAUUACUAUUCAUUUAUAUCACCCUUAGCCUCUCUUGGAAACCCAUCUGAACUGAAGAAAGUUUUUUUAAAAGCAGUUGUUGAAGAAUAAUCAAUAAUACAUGUAUAUCUCUUUUUAGAUCUUCAAAAUCUACUAAUUCCACACAGGGAUUAUAUGAAACGGGCUGUGCCUCUGUCCUGAAAAGCUUUUCGAUGAUUUCAGCACUGUAUAGUCAUAUGAUUAAAUUGCAAUAGAGCGUUAGUCGAGGUUUAUGAUAGUCAAGGAAUGGAAGGAAGGAACCAGAGUCGAACCAGACAUAAAAAUGUGCUUAAUUGACAGAUCACGGGUAUUUCGUUUUUAUCGAGUCGAAAAGUUAACGUUGAAAACAAUACAAAUUCUAAGUGUUUAUAAUUACACUAUGUAUGGCUUAUAAUUAACUGUUGUAACGUUACAUGUGUGUAGUUAUGUAUUGUACAUGUAUCAUGUAUGACAAGUAUACCAGAUAAGUAUACACAUUAAUCAAACAGGCUAUAUAUAGGUGUGUGUGUGUGAGAGAGUGUGUGUGCGUAUGUGUGUAUGAAAAUUGUAGAGUUAUGUGUGUAUGUAUAUUGAUAACUGGUGUUAUGUCACCCUCGGAAGUCUUUCAUCACCUAUGUACAUUUCCAUUCCUGUCUUAUUGAUAAUAAACUUACUUAAUUUAA